AAGCGGAUGAAAUGCGUAAACCCUCGUCCUGACAAAUUCGAACCCAGGACUAUAGCCCAGACUUUUUAACCACUCUACCCAUCUCCCUCUUUAAUCAACUGUCUCUGCCAUCUCUCUCUCUCUCUCUCUCUCUCUGUUCAUACUUGAAACAAAAACUCACGAGAUCUGUAACAACACUCUCUCCUACACCAACUGAUUCCUUUUUCCAAUUCACACAAAAAAUCAAAACUUUCAGAUGAAUUGACCAGCAAAUGGGGAAGAAAAGUAGUUGGUUGUCUGCAGUUAAGAAAGCUCUAAGCCCAUCUGAAUCCAAAGAGAAGAAAGACAAGAAAUCCGAUAAAAAGAGUUCUAAGAAAUAUUGGUUUGGAAAGCAAAGGGGAUUGGAUCAAGAUUUCUCACAAACAGAAACUAGAUUAGUAGACCAUGUUGUUAUUUCUCCUCCCACAGAGACGAAACUCUCGAAAGCCGAGAAUGAACAGACCAAACACGCGUAUUCAGUAGCCUAUGCCACCGCUGUGGCGGCAGAAGCAGCAGUAGCUGCGGCUCAUGCCGCUGCUGAGGUGGUUCGCUUGACGGCCACAACACGCUUACCGGGCAUAUCAACUGAAGAAAUUGCAGCCAUAAAGAUCCAGGCAGCUUAUCGCGGGCACUUGGCGAGGAGGGCGGUGCGUGCUGUGAGAGGGCUCGGGCGGUUGAAGUCAUUGAUUCAAGGUCAAUCGGUCAAACGCCAAGCAAUCUCAACCUUGAAAUGUAUGCAAACAUUGGCUCGUGUACAGUCUCAGGUUCGUUCCAGGCGCAUUCUUAUGUCUGAGGAGAACCGAGCUCUCCAACAACAACUUCUUUUGAAACAUGAGAAAGAGCUCAACAACAUUAGAUCCUCUUUAGGAAACACAUGGGAUGACAGUAGAAAAUCUAAAGAAGAAACUGAAGCUAGUUUACAAAGCAAACAAGAGGCUGCUAUACGUAGAGAAAGAGCAUUGGCAUAUGCACAUACUCAUCAGCAAAUGUGGAAGAACUCUACAAAGUAUCCAGAUCCAACUUUUCUGGACCCGAACAAUCCUCACUGGGGGUGGAGUUGGCUAGAACGUUGGAUGGCCGCCAAGCCCUGGGAAACUCAAAUCAUACCCGCAAAAGAACCAUCGGUCGGAUCAGAAAUGGGUAAACGGGUCAGCCGCCCGCCUAGUCGCCAAUCACCCUCAACACCGCCCUCCAGGGCUCCAUCAUCAAGUUCGCGGGUCAGGCCCGAAACCCCAAGGGGAAGCGUGGAUGGCGACUCCACAAGCUUCUACAGCGUGCAAUCAGACCGUAACAGACGACAGAGCCGGGCUAGUUCGGUGUGUGAUAACGAGAGCCUUGACUCGUCUCCUGCGGUUCCUAGUUACAUGGCUUCAACAAUGUCGGCUAAGGCUAGGUCCCGAAUGGCUAGUCCUGUUCAUAGUCCAAGCCCGUUAGGGUCGGGAAGGAAAGGUUCGUCAGAAAAGGGUUCGAUGGCUGGGUCAGCCAAGAAGCGGCUUUCAUUUUCGGGUUCACCGGCUCGAACCGCGAAAAGGUUCAAUGAGCCAUUGAUGAUGGUUUCAAAUUCAUAAGGUGUUUUGUGUUGUUGUUUGUGUGUUGGAGUGAUUGUUUAGUUUGCUUUUAGUCAUUUUGUGGUUUGUUAGUUAUGAGUUGUAUGUAUUUAGAGUUAAUGUUUUUGCAUUGUUUUGUUUUGUAUAAGUGUUUGAUUGAUUAGUUUGGACCAUAUCUUUGUUUGAUUC